GAUAUUUGGAGAAACAGGAGCAGGUAGAGAGGAGUUGGGGGAAGGAACCCCCGAGCGGCUGCAAAGGAAGCCACGGCGUCGGCGGCCGGGAGGACGACGACGGCGAUUUCUCCCCACGUUCUCGCGAGAGUUGGUGGCUAACCUUCUCCCUUGCUCACUUUUCUACCUUUCCUCUUCCCCCCCAACCCCUUCCCCCACCCGAACCUGGAAGCGGCUCCGUCUCGCUCUGGGAAGUACUAGGAGGAAGAGGAAGGUGGGGGUCCCGGCUUGGGGGCCUCGCUAGAGACUCAGGCUGAGGGCAGGGGAGCCCCCUCGGUGGGGACGCAGGGGCCCAGGGGUUUCCCCACACAGCCAGGCCUUGGGGCGGGUGGAGGUGUGCCCAUCUCCCCGCCCCCGUGCUCUCUUCUCAGGAACUUAGGGGGUGUUUGAGGUAGGAACUAAGUCCGACCCUCAUCUUUCUUUCCACGGGGACCUUGAGUUAGUGGGGAGGGAGUAUCCCUGACCAAGAGGAGCACCAAGGGUGGCUUAGAAACGAAGGGGCCUAUUGUUUGGGGGACCGCUGCUUCAGAAAACUGGGGGUGGGGUGGGGUCUUUUUCUGAAGCUCUCUUUUUGUGGGGGGUUGGGCAGCAGGUUGGAGAACUCCCAAACUCAUUGCCCAUUUACAAAGGGACCUAAGAGCAUCUUAGUUAGUGCUCCUGGCGUGUUUAUGUUCUGAAACUGGUGGAUAACUGAGGUAGGGUACUUGUUCAGGGUCUUCCAUCCUACCUUUGAAGUCUAAGAACAGGGGACAUUCUUGCCAUUGCUGCUUGUCCCCUAUUCAGAGGGUUGGGGGUAGCCUGUGGGGCGACUUCUCCCGUAAUAUACUUUGUCGACCCAGAUCCUUGUAAAGAAACCACAUUCAGCCCCAUGUAGGAGAGAGAAGGGUGGGUUGAAUGUAGGAAAAGGUAACGAAAGUGAACGCAGCCCUUCUGUUUUGGAAGCGGGUAAGUUGAGGUUUAGACUUUGGGGGUUUUGGAGGAUUCCCCCCUCUUUUCAAGCACAGUGGAGAAGGAAUGCCAAACCCAGAGAGACAUGGGGGUAAGAAGGAUUCAGGAGGAGGGGGGUCCUUGCAUCAAGAAGCAGUGUCCAGCAGCGGCAGUUCAAACAGCAAAGAGAGGCACCGACUCUCCAAGCACAAACGACACAAGUCCAGGCAUUCCAAAGACUCACCGAUGGGGGCCCAAGAAGCUGGAGCACCGCUCGGCAGCAUGAUCAAGCCAUUGGUGGAGUAUGAUGAUAUCAGCUCUGACUCGGACACCUUUUCAGAUGAAGCAGUCCUCAAGCUGGAACGCAGGGAGAAUGAUGAAAGAAAAGGGACAUCAGAAAGGAGUGACCGGCUACACAGGCAUCGGCAUCAUCAACACAAGCGAGUCCGUGAGUUGAUGAAAAGCAAGCUGGUAGACAAAGAGAAGAGGCUGGACAGGAACCAAGACUCCUCAGGCAAGUUGAGUUCCGCUAAAGAAAGGGUGUCGGGGGCCUCCAAAAAGCUGCAUGAGGAGAAUGAUGACCAUUCAUCUAAGUCAUUCAAGAGCAGCAGCAAGGAGUCCCGGUCAGCCAAAUCGCACAAGGAAAAGUCCAGGAAAGAACGAGAGACUAAGUCCGGUCACAAAGACCGUAGCAAAAGUCACCGGAAAAGGGAUGCUCCUAAAAGUUACAAAUCGCUGGACAGUCCAAAGCGGAAAUCCAGAAGUCCCCAUCGCAAGUGGUCAGACAGUCCCAAGCAGGAUGAUAGCCCCUCAGGAGCAUCUUACACGCAGGACUAUGAUCUCAGCCCUCCACGCUCACACACAUCCAGUAACUAUGAUUCUUACAAGAAGAGUCCCGGUGGGUCUUCACGGAGACCAUCAGUCAGCCCACCAUACAAGGAGCCUGCUGCAUACCAAUCCAAUAUGCGCUCUCCCAGCCCUUACGGCAGGCGGCAGCGGUCGGUCAGCCCAUACAGCAGGAGGCGUUCAUCAAGCUACGAGAGGGGAAGUGGGUCUUACAGUGGAAGGUCGCCUAGCCCAUUCAACCGAAGGCGCUCCAGCAGUCCUUUUGUUUCCAAGCGGUCGCUGAGUCGAAGUCCUGUGUCCAGGUGCGUGGCCUUUAUCUUUAAUUAAAAGUGUUUGACUUCUUUGGUUCAGAUGGUGCUAGUGUCCUGAAGUCAGAUAAGAAAAAUAUUUGCUUCUCCCCUGUAACGUGAUUUGUUUAGGGUACAAGGUCUUUGUUGCUUGAUUAGAUAAUUAUUAUUUUCACUUUAUUGCAUUGGGGAUCUGAGUUUGAAAGGUAACCAAACCCAUUCAGCCAGUGAGACACUGGCUCAGUUCAGAUGUCGCGCUGAAUCAUUGUUCCCCAGCCUGGUGCCCUGCAGAUUUUUUUAGGCUACAACUCCCAUCAUUCUUGAUCUUUGUACAUGCUGGCUGGGGCUGAUAGGUUGGGGCUGAUACCUAGAGGGUACUAGUUUGGGAAAGGCUGUGCUAAACCAUAGUUUAGCAUGACAAGAAUGAGUACAGUGAGCGUUGGAAUAACAUGCUUCCUUUUUCUGCUCCUGCAUGGCUUUGAGGAGAUGUUUAGAAGUUUUGGUUUAGAUUAACUAGUUUGUUGUUUGAAACAAGGUAACUUAAAACCAUGUGUUAAGCUGCCUUGUUGAAGCAAAUCAUAGUUAGCAUCAACCACAAUUUAGGAUUCAGAUAACGCACUGAAUGAAACGCACUUUAAUGAAAAUCGGAAACAAAAAAACUCUUUGGAGCUACACCAGAAGAGGGGAUAGGGGAAAUGGAAGCUACUUCAGCUCAUCCUUAUCAUACUAAAUUAGAGUUUAAUGGGACCCCUAAAAGUGAACCAUGAUUUGAACACAAUUUCUGAAGUGGCAAACCAUGGUUCCAUUUUGUGGCAUGUCAGUUGCUAAUCUAUACAGCUGGUGGGGAUUCACAGAAUGGGAAAAUUGAUGGAUACCUUUUACUAAAUCUUGCUUAUGUUAACUAAAAAAGCAAGGUUUAGAGUUGCAGAGAACUGUUCCAUCUUGGUCCUAAGUAUAUUGAGCGGUAGAAAGUGAGGUACGUUGAAGUCAAUAGAACCAAAGUCUCUCACAAGAUUUGUGCCUAUUAUGUGCUUACCAAGUUCCACUGGUUUCAGUAGAACUUGGUUUCAAUUAAAUCUGCCUUGGGUAGCUGCUUUUGUCAAGGUAGAACAGGUGAAUAUGAAAUCUCCCCAUAUGUGAGAGUUGUGGUGUAUGUAACCCAAAUCUGAAGAUGUGUGUGGAAAUGUUUGCUUGUGAUCCAUUACCACAUUCACUUUAGAUGUCAGUACUUCAGAAAUCCCUUUUGAAUACAGCUAGUGAUCACCUUCAAGGGAAUCCAGGCAUCCUACAAUCUGUUUAAAUUGACCUUGGGGGCAGUAAAAUGUUUUUAACAAUCAGUCAACACCUUUCACCUGUUCAGUUUACUUAGAAUGAGGUUACAUUUUUGUCAUUUCUGAAACUUAGUUAUUUCAUAAUCUGGAUGUGCAGAAUUGCUUUGGUCACAGAUCACCCAACAGCUUGUUCAGUGUUAGAAACUGAGAUAUGAAAGCUAGGAACUAAAUGGCACCUUAAACCUAGGUUAUGGGCGCACCAAGAAAUGUCUAUGUGCGCUUUUUAUAACAAGAAUACAAGCUGAAAAUGAAUGAACUGCGGCUAAAAUACUAUGUUCAUUUUUCACAUGGGCUAGUCCUUCUCCUGCCCACCCCACUAAUAUUCUCCAGUCUUCACAGAGUAGUUGGAAGUGGGGAGGAAGAAAAAGGUCCUCCUUUCCUUCUGUUCUGCAGUUUUAAUAUGAAAUCUUAGGCACAGUACUGCUCCCAGAGCUCAGAAACUGCUCGUACUUAUGAAAUUCCCUGUCGUAAAAGGCGCCUAGAACAAUGGGAGUUUCGAACACUGAGCUUGCUGCUGGUGCUUUGUGCAAAGUUGCCAUUUGACUAUAAGCUCCUUGUGCUCUAUCUAGUGCCUAGCACCUUGUCAGUCCUAAACAAACAUAUAGUCACCAUCUUGUUGUUUUGGCUAUCUAGUCACUAGAUUCUAGUGGGGUCGUAUCUGCCAAGCCAUGAACUCUGUGGAUAGCCUUCAGCAAAUCCCUGUCUCUCAGCCACCAUUCCCCACCUGUACAGUAGUAACAUCUCUUGGGUCAGGCAGGUUGAUUCCUGGCAGCUACUUCUAAACAGUGUAGAGCAAGUGCAGCUGCCAUUUCCUGCUCAUUAAGGAGCAAGUGCUAUCAGAAAAUUCUCUCUGGCAUACAGCAUCUCUUUUUAAUGAAAAAGAACUGGAUAAUGAGAGCUGAUUGCAAGCACUUGGGGUACCUUAAGUACUUUUAGGAAGCUGCUAUGAAAAGAAGUGCCUGGUGCAGCCUUUGUUAGGUACUAGGUAGAGUAAGCUUGAACAGAGUAGAUGUUUAAAUAUUUAAAUAUGUGAGCCUAUGAGGGGGAUCUCUUUCCUGUUUGUUUUCAUACACCCUUGUUCAUCUCUUUGGAUUUGUCUGCUCUUGACUUUUUUUUCAUUAUGUGUAUGCUGCGUUAUUUCACCAGGUGCUUAAAAAAACCCUUAGCUUGCUCUAGUUCACCUCCUUUUCCUAUUGGGAGCAGAAAGUUAAUGUUCCUCGAUAGAAAGCAUGUUCUCUUGCUUCUGGACUGUUUCAUGGGAACAAUAGGAAAAGACCCCUUAGGGCUAAAUAAAUAUUUCAGAAUUUGAAGAAGCCAAGUAUCAAAUGAGCUGCCUGCUUUGGGCAGAGGUGGGGUCCAGUUUCUAGCCAAAUUCUUAAGUGAGCAGAGGCAGGUAUGUUGUUUAAUGAGAGUGGGGUUGCAGAGCAUGGGAAAUACCCUACCUGCAGGAACCUUUUCCACAUUGGCCCAUCUACUGUGCAGGAUUCUGGGAAAUGUCUUAGCAUACAUGCUUGGAUUUAUGGACUGCAAGAGAGGCCUGCUGUGUGUAGCCAUCACCUCACUGAAAUUAAAGUGUGCCCGAGAAUACUGCAGUGCUGUGUGCAUUCCAGGGAAAUAUUGGUUCAUGGUGAACAAACAAUCUUUUCAGACAACCGUUUCUAGUCUUGUUAUUAUGGAAGUUCUGUGGGGCACUCUUUUGAAGUCCGCUGUUAUAAAUAAAUUCUUGAAAAGUUUGAAAAUGCAGAUGAGGGAAUUUCUCAUUGUCACAGUAGGUUCCUGAGAGUCGAGAAAAGAUGCUCAGACAUUCCACUUGCAGUUCUUUGGAUGUGUCUUAGUCAAAACAAAAGGGAGGGAUAGAGUUACAUGGACAUAGAGCUUUCAAACAGCCUGGAAAAAAUAAAAGAGCUUUUUUGCAGUGUAUCAAAGCUUCACUGCUUGGUUGCUUGAAAGUGAUUCUUACUCAGCGUGGAAAGCCAGGCAAGUGGAUAUUUGCAUAUAUGACUUGGAGGGUCCUUGAAGGAGUUACAAGAAAACAUCCUGGUGAUUGUGUGUGUAGGAUAAACGGAUGUCCCCAACGGUGAUGGUCAUCUGCUCUAGGGAAAACAAUCUGAUUUGUGCCCCAGUCAAGGGAGGCACACCCAGGGAAGAACCUACCUGGCAACUGGCUAUUUUCCCUGAUGGAGGCUUUCAGAAUAGCAACUGUGAAUAGUGAGCUAGCUAUCACCAAGAGCCCAACUGGCAUUUCCCAUGUCAGAGGCCAUUCAGAGAGUUUGAACAGUCUGAAAUGGCAGGUAUGUCUGUUGUGGUUACUUAUUGACAGUCUGAUGUGCACACAGAAUGAAGUUAGAGUGACUGGCCUGAAUUCAGUUUGUUUACUAAACUGAAUCAAUGACGCUCCUUUUGGUUGCUCCUAGAGGGGCUGCCUUCUGCUGUGUGUGCCCUCCUCCCCAGUCUCCUGGUCCUUGUACAGCCAAAUCUCAGAGCCUAAUUUAAAUUGUCCCUGCCUGUCAUCAGUCCUGUGCAUUUAGUGAAAAAUGCAGCUGGGAAUUUUCCAGCACUGCCUAUGAGUAUCAAAAGUUAUGCUGUCUUUCAGUAGUGGUUGUAAAAUAUAUGCCCAAACUUUCAAAUCACCUGUAAGUAAUAAGGCAACCAAAUAAAACUUCACUAUCUUCAGGAACGUUACAUUUUGAGCUGCUAAAAUGGCUCUUAGCAGCAUCUUGUCCUUGUCAGCUAAGACAGAGUACCAGGAUUUGGUUGAGUUUUCAUUUCAAAGAAAAUGCUUCAUCUUCUGAAAACACCUGACUCCAAAAGUUGGUUUAACAUUUUUGAACUUGUGUGGUAACUGUUUAGUACAUAUUCUUUUACUCGAAUUUCACCCCCUAUGUUCAUGUGUUCCUGUUUAGGAAUGAUUUAGAUUACGGUGAUCAAUUGACCUGUCCGGGAAUCAGUGUGUUCUUACAUGAGUAGAAUGUGUGCUUUUAUUUAAAAUACGUCUCUGGGUUAUUUGUGGGGCAUAGGAAUUUGUUCAUUCCCCCCCCCCCCAAAUAUAGUCCAGUCUACCACAUGGUCUGAGGGAUGGUGGACCGACCCACAGCUGAAAAAGGUUGCUGACCCCUGGUGUAGUGUUUCUAGCCCCCAGGCAAGUUGGCUAGGAGCCAAAUACACCAUGGCCAGAAGUUGUCCACCUCUACUUUAGCAGGUAGCGCAGUGACUGAUUGUUUAAUGUGUUGUAAAAAAAAAUGUGGCUGAGAACCUCUAAUAGAAGCAAAUGGGGAAGCUGGCGAGGAGUUAAAAUGCUCAUUGGAGCCACAGGAUCAUAGCCAUGUCUACACACUUCAAGCAAGCCCCCCACCCCUUUGAGAGCUAAAGGUUUGCGUUUUUACAUAAAACACGACUGUAGCAUUCUUUGGAGAUUCUGAUUUUCCUCUUCUUUUUCCACAGGAAGCCAGUGAAGUCUCGAAGUAGAAGUCCUGCUUACUCGAGGCACUCAUCUUCGCAUAACAAAAAGCAGAGAUCUGGGUCCCGCAGUCGCCAUUCCAGUAUCUCACCUGCUCGGCUACCAUUGAACUCCAGCCUGGGAGCUGAACUGAGCAGAAAGAAAAAAGAGAGGGCAGCUGCUGCUGCAGCCGCAGCAAAGGUUGAUGGGAAGGAGAGGAAGGACUCUCCUAGUGUUUUAUCUAGGAAAGAAAACAGUUUGGCUGAAGUUAAAGAGCCAGCGGUUGAGGCCAAAAAGGCAAAAACGGCUAAACCUGAGAAGUGCCCUUCUGACAUUGAGCCAGCAAAUGUCACACAGCACAACACAGAGACAAAAACUACUCCUGAGCCCCUAAAAACAAAGGCAGUAGAGAACCACGAGAAGAAACCUCCUGCUUCAGUUAAAGACUCGAAAGCAAUGGGAACAAAAGAUAUGAAACUUGCAGGCGGAAAGGAGGAAACUGUGACCCCAAAGGAAACAGAGACAGCCAAGCAAGAGGUCCCACCUCUUUUGCCUUCGGUUAAGUCACUACCUCCUCUGCCAACAUCGUCGCCCCCUGCUCAGGCUCCUCCUCCGUUACCCCCUUUGCCUCCAUCACCAGUUAUUCCCCCUCUGCCGCCUGCCCAGUCACCUGCCACUCACACCCCUGCUUUAGUUCCAUCGUGUCUGCCGUCGUCUACCCACUCCAGGACAUCUCUGACUACUCAGGCUAACUCUCAACCCACCAUGCAGUCCUCCUUAAAGGUGCAUGUAUCUGUGACAACUGCUGUUCCGCAUCUGAAAACGUCAACGUUGCCUCCGCUUCCUUUUCCACCUGUCUUGCCUGGGGAAGAUGACAUGGAUAGGUAAGGGGAAUAACCAAGUAAACCUCUUCCACAAAGGGUUGGUAAUAUUAUGGACCAGGACUUGUUAGAAUUUAUGUAUCUGCUCAUUUCUCAUUGCAAAUGAAAUAAUCUGGUGUUUGAAAUGUGAUUUGGCUUUAUGAAAAUGGCACAGAUAGUGAAGAAAAACUCAAGGCCUCAGAUGUAGAAAGCAGCUUUGGAAUGUAUGGAGAGGAUACCAGGUAUAUGGAACGUGUAAAACAGGCUUCUAAAUUAGUGGGAUGGUUAGGAUUGGGGCUCCCUUGCAGGAAAUGGAAAAUAUGGUCCCAAAUUAGAGCAUGUUGAAAGGAUCUUUGCUUGAGUAAGAGAGCUGUAAGAGGCUGUAGCCUGAAAUUCUGGACAGCUGUUGCCAGUCAGGAUGGUACUGGAUUUAGCUGACAUGAAUGAUUGGUUGUACACCAGCGCUAUUCCUUGUAUAGCAUAUAUCAGGGGUCGGCAACCUAAGGCCCAUGGGCCACAAGUGACCCACACAGGUUGUUUAACCGGCCCAUGAGCCGCCCACUCAGCGAGUCCCCCCGUGCUGCGUUAAAACGGUGCUGCGUGGGGACUCGCUUUUGCUGCACCGAAAAUCACGUCUGCACAUGCGCAGACGCCAGAAAUUGCAUCUGUGUAGAUGCAGACACUGAAAAUCACGUCUGUGCAGGUGCAGACGCUGGAAAUCGUGUCUGUGCAGAUACAGACGCCGACGGCGGAAAUCGUGGGCAGACAUGCUUAUGCGCGGGCGCAAUCUGGCCCACCGAGGGAUCUCUGCUGGAGUGAACUGGCCCGGGCAAGGUAAACCUUGCCGACCCCUGGCAUAUAUAAACCUAAAUUUUUGUUUUAGUGUUGGUCCCUUGUUCACAAUGCCUCACUUAUGUGGCCAGCUCAGGAAAAAAUCCCCAGUUAGCAACAGUUUUAAGUGCGUCAAGUUUAUGCUACUGGGCUCAGUUUUUUCUCUUUAAAGGACUUGGCAGUCAGGUUCAGACUAUCUUGUCUUGGUUCAUUAAUCUGAGAUAUGCAUGAGUGUUUAGCUCUUGCACGCCGCCCCUUCACAGUUUGCUGUUUUCCACAGUUAAACUAGGAAACUUCUUGUUAACCCUAGUUUCCUAUUUUGGAUUAACUGGGAAACUAUGGUUACCGGCUUCAAGACAAGCCAGCAUAUUAGCCUGGAUAUUGAACUGUUUAAUAUCCUAGCUUGUUUUGAAGUUUGUAAUGUAGUUUUCCAUUUUGGAAAAAAUGGGUUCAACAGAGACUUCCUGAGUUAAUCGUGGCAAAGGAGCUGCCUGUGCACUGAGAGAUUAUCAUCUGAGCAAGGACAGUGUGAGGCAUUUGCUUCCCUAUCAAUGUUUGAUUGCCAUAUUUGGGGUCAGAGAGAAUAUUCUCACAAUACAGAGUCUGAGUUUUUAGGGAGGUUGGGCUUCUUUUUUAGUGAGUCCUUUGGCUCGUUUGCUUUUUCUGGAUAGGUUCUCAGCCUGCUUAUCAAACCAAGGCUUGUUUUAGUCUAACUCUAGUUUGUUAAAACUACAAUCCCCUGAAUUUGUAGAUAACCACAUUCAGAUGUAAUGCUAAAUAAUGGACGAAGCUGAGGCUUUUGUUUUCCCCACUCCUUGUCUGGUGUAGUUGUAAGGAGGAGAUAAACUCAUGCCAGUCUUUGUUAAAAUAUUCCUAAAUAUUGACGUAACUGUAAGCCUUGAAUUAACUAUGAACAUGGAAAUUGCCCAUCCUUUUGGCUUGUGAGGUGGUUUUCCUUUCUAAGGAGCAUGUACUGUGAUGUCAUGCAGACGUACAGGCAGAGUUAGAGACUGAGAUAUGAAAGUUAGGAGCUAAAUGGCACCUUAAACCUGGGUUAUGGGCACAACAACGGAAUGUCUAGGUGCGCUUUUUCCUAACGACAACAAAGCUGAAAAUGAAUGAACAGCAGCUAAAAUAUUAUGUUAAUUUUUCAUAUGGUCUAGUCCUUCCCUGUAAUAUUCUUAAGAGGGCUCUCCUCCAGUCUUCAGAGAGUAGUUGGAAGUGGGGAGGCAGUUUUAAUAUGAAAUCUUAGGCACAGUACUGCGCCUAGAGCUCAGAAACUGCUCGCACUUAUGAAAUUCCCUUUCGUAAAAUGCGCCUAGAACAAUGGGAGUUUCAAGCACUGGGGGUGGGAUCUGGUUUUGCCUCUUCUCUCCAAUUCAGCUAGAGCCCAUAGAGGCUUCCAAGAGAGAGAUUGGAAUGGUGCAUUGUAAUCAUAUGUUCUAUAUGGUGAAAGUUAUGUAAACCAGCUUCAAACAAUUGAGUGGGGGUUUGCUUCAUUUACAAUAUUGUUCUUUUUAAAAAUAAUACUGACACUACUAGGGGAGAGGAGAUAGGGAGGAUCAAAGGUUAGUAGGGUGGUGAUGUGGGGGUCAUAGUUUAUGCCUGGCAGCUGUGUUGAACCAUACAGCCCACCUUUAGAAUUGUAGUGCUGGAAUAUGACAAAGAAAAUCCUACCUUCAAUCCAUCUGAACAGCUGCGUAAUUAAGCAAAGAUCUAGUGCACCCCUGAAAGAGAGUUUACAGGGCAGUAGAUCUAGAUGACUUUGGCCAUCAGAAGUCAAAUGUUCUCAGUGUCUCUACCAGACUGACUUCUAGGGAGGGGCUUCAUUCCUGACCUCAAACAGGGCAGUUAGUUGAACCCCAGGUGUGAAUUUUUGCUAGGCUUAGCUCGGCGAUACUCAUUUUCUGUGUGAGCCCUUCACAUAGGGCUGAUUCAAAGUUGCAUAUAUACAUUACUUGACAACUAGUUACAGGCGGCAACCAUUUCACACUGGGGUUCCAUUCGUACCCCUUGUGCAUGUCAGUAGAGCACCCUUUCUGCCUUCUUCCGGGUCUAAAAGGACCCAUGUAUUGGCAAUCACGUGUCAAUUGGAUGUUCUGAAAACGAUCACUGCCUGUAUUUCAAAGAGCAUUGUGUUUGAAGUGAAAUGAAAGUUCUUGUCUGUAGGCCAUGGAGGAUUAAAGCCACUUGUGGUUGCUAGUCAUGGUGGCUACAUUACCCUCCAGCAUUGGAAGCAGUAUGUCUCUGAGUGAUGGGGAUCCAUUUUGAAAACAGCAGGCUGCACUAGAUGGGUCUUUGGUUUGACCCAGCUGAUCUCUUCUUAACUAAUCCUUCAUAUGUAGUGGUGCAUUCACACAUGCACAUUACUACUUUAGGUUGUCCUGCUGACUCUGCACACGAACCAGCCUGUAGUUCUGAUUCAAUUUGGUGAUGGUAAGGGGUGUCACACCUGUAACACCAGGUAACUGAAGAUGGAUGAAAAUUUAAAUUUUAACUUGUGGAAAGUCAGCCCACUCCUUAUAAGUAGAAACUUACCUUUGCAAGCAACAGUUGGGGGGUUCUCUUCUCUUUUCCCUAUCUACCCCACCCUCCCUCUCACCAACCAUGGCAAAGAGGGCUCCAAUUCUUCACAUCUGCUGGGGGGAAGGCAAAGGACCCCAGAAGUGGUGGCCAUUUCAGCCCCCAGCCCACAAAGCAUUGAUGGAGCACUUAUAAGCGCCCCCCGUUAUGCCCUUGUUUUUACUUCUUCCAGGCCCAACAGGAUCCCACACCAGUGAUCACGCGUCAGUUGGAUGCGCCUAAAGUGGUCUCCACCUGUAUGCAGGAGCAGAAAGGGGGUAGAUGGCUAGUCAAUAAGAGAUAACUUACAAGGGAGGAAAGGAGAACCUGUGCAAACCAGCCUUUCUCUGGCUUCACUAGACAUUGCCUACUCAUUUUGGCCCUGAAACUGCGACCAUGAGGGUUAGAUGCUUCCUAGUGUGUGUAUGUGUUUGUGUGUUAAAGUAACUUUGGAUACCCAAAUCGAGGCCAGAUACUAGAUUUGGUUCUUGUAUGGCGCAUCACUUGGGAUGAGCUAAAUACCAACAAAUACUCACUGUCGAUAAGGUUGGAAUCCUGGUGACUAUCACAUUGCUCCCAAAAAGAAAGCUUAUGUCACCUUUCUGUUAGAGGGUGUUGAGAUGUGACAAGUGGUUGCUCUAAAUAAUUCAUAAAUGUGCCCUUCUUUUUGUUGUUGUUGUUUUUCCUGGUGCUUUAGCCCAAAGGAGAUUGUCCCCUCAAAACCUGUGAAGAAGGAGAAAGACCAGAGACCACGACACUUGCUCACGGACCUCCCACUCCCUCCAGAGCUUCCUGGUGGAGACCCUUCCCCUCCAGAGUCUCCAGAACCAAAGGCAGCCACGCCACCUCAGCAACCAUGUAGAAAGAGACCAAAGUAAGUGUGGAGAGGGCAUCUAUUUGCAUAGCGGCCACUUCAGGGAAACGUCUGGUCAUUUUGGUAAGGUUUGGAAUUAAUGGGAGGAACCAUAAGAAACCAGAUGAAGAUAGACACUUAGCUACCUACCCAAGUUGUGUAAAGCAGUACCUUCCAGGAAAGUAGAGCUUGCCAGAUCGUUGCUCAAGCAAUCUCAUGCCAUGUUUUCGUAGUGAUAAGAACAGUUAGCAUUUAUGUCUUGCAUUCUCAUUCAUUCUGAAUCACCUUAUAGGAGCCCUGUGUGGCAAUUGCCAAAGGCUACAUACUGUGUUGAAGGCAGAGGCAAGAUUUGAACUGGGAACUACUGGUCCCCAACUCAGUUACUGUGCCAUGUUAGGUGUCAUGCGCAGACUGAUAAACCUGUUUUUGAAUUGAUAUACACGAAUCCUAUUUCAUGAUUAAAAAUAGAAUAAACACUGCAUAAUAUGUUGAGAUUCACGCUUCUAAAAUAACAAUAGAAACAGCAUGGAGAGGCUGAAAUCUACUCCUUGGAGGCCUGGCAGAAUUAAAUGAUUUCAUGAAGCAGAGUAAAGCUAAGAAGAUGCUAACUUUGUGUGGCUCAUAGGGGAGAGUAUUCUGCAAGCAAAAUGUCACUACUGAAAAAGCAUUGCUGUUAGAGGAUACCAGCCUUGUCUUUAGCAAGGAAGGCAUCUGACAAAGGGCUCCACCAGAAGAUAUUAAGACACAGGGAAGGUCAUUGAGAAAGAUGCAUUUUCUAUAUAAAUACCUAAAAUAUAAACUAUCAUGGCCUAACCAAUGUGGAACAUUAAUAUUCAAUGUUGACACCUUACAAUUCAGCUCAGAAAUAGAUUGGUAGCCAGUAAAGAUUUAUUUAACUCCGGUGUAACUGAGUCUGUCUGACUAGCACCAGUAAAUAACACUAUGAUUAUGUUGCAAAUCUAUAUAAAACUUUUUUAAAGAGAGAGGAAAUGGCAGAAGAAAGAGGUUCAUAAAAGGAAUCCAUCUCUUUGCACAUAAAGAGUAAGUCUUUAGGAAUCUUUUCAGGUGACGAGAGAGGGAAAAGAUUACUACGUAGAAGGUAGCAAAUGGCAAAUCAGAGGGCGACUGAUUUUAGGUGUGGUGCGGGAAUCAGCUGCUGGUAUCCUAACUAAAGGGAAGAAGCAAAAUUCCCAGAGCAAAUGUAUUUUCUUUGUGUUUAUUUAUUAAAUGUAACCUCUAUUUUUAUAAAAUAAUGAAAACAAUGGACACAGUUUUACAGAAGCAAAAAAAAAUAGCAAGCAACUGACUGAGGAUUCACUUUGUAAGAGCACCAGUGCAGAAAUAGUCCGGCAAUAUCUGUAGAGUCACAGAUUCCCCAUCUCUGUGUCAGUAUCUGUGGUAGCAAGACUGAGGAAGAUCUCUGUCGGAGACUUUGGAAACCCAGUGCCUGUUGGAAUACUACUGGAUCAAUAGCUAAAAUCUGUAUAAAACAGCUUCAAUUAUUCUCAUAUAUGUUUAAACACCUAGUCCUGUAAUGUCUCAAUGGAAAAUUGCCCCAAACCCAUGUUUGAGGUUCUUCAAACUCCUCAGAGGAAGCGUAGAGCAUAAAUGUAAUAAAUAAUAUAUCGAAUUAGAAAUUUCAGUCAGUGUUACAACUUGCAUGCAUGCAUGCUGUAAAGAAUCUGUAGUGUCAGGUGUUGAUAUAGGAACCAUGAAGGCAGAUAAUGGACAGGAAAAUCUACCAAAGCUGGUUAUUCAGAAACGUUUUGUCGAAGUCGGCAUUUGGGAUUUUUACGGCUCUUGUGCUUCUCUACCCAACUCCCAUCUCUCUCUCUCUCUCUCUCUCUCUCUCUCAGAAUCUGUUGUCCUCGUUACGGUGAGAGGAGGCAGACGGAAAGUGACUGGGGAAAGCGCUGCGUGGACAAAUUUGAUAUCAUUGGUAUUAUCGGCGAGGGGACCUAUGGGCAAGUGUACAAAGCCAAGGACAAGGACACAGGUGGGUACUCGGUGCACACUAUUUUCUUUUCUUAUUUAUUUAUACAUACUUUUCAAAUUUAUACAUUUCACUAAUUUUAUACAUUUAACUAAUUUUACAGUCAUUUUGACAUUUCAAAACUUGACUUCCUUCCCCCUCAUUCUGUGGUUCCUUAAAUUUGUUUUUAAUAUCUUCAGCAUAUCCAAAUUAACUUCAUUUGCUCGUUUAUUCAUCUUCCUUAACUAUAAACUCUUGUAAAACUGCAGGUUAUUACAAUAAUCCUGCCAGUGUCUUUAUCUGUUUAUAAUUCAUCUGUAAAUAUUCAGCAAACCAUUUCCAUUCUUUUAUUAAAAAAAAAUAAUGUUGCCUUGAUUUCUUAUUCUUCCGGUAACUUUUGCCAUUUUUUGCCAUUUCUGCAUAUUCCAUAAGUUUUUGUAUCCAUUCUUCCUUUGCUGGGACUUCUACUUCUUUCCGUUUUUGGGCAAGUAACAUUCUUGCUGCUAUAGUAACAUACAUAAAUAAGUUUCUAUGCAUUUUAGGUCGUUCUGUCCCUAUAAUUCACAAAGGUUAUUUUAAACAUCCUUUUCCUUUUCAUAGAAAAGUGCACACUAUUUUCAGUCCGUUUUUCUCAUAUUGAAUUCACUUUUAAGUAGCUGUCGCAGAGCGUGCCGGUCAUCCUUCCCUUGGGGGUUCCCAGUUGGCUCCUCCCACCAUUCCUCUGCAUCCAACCGAUCCAUGGCAGUACCGUAUAAAAAAGCACCAUGUUGUCUAACUGCUUUCACAUUUGUUGACAUCAGCUGUUUUCGUAUAGGCAGAGGCCGUAUGCUUACGGAUACCAUUUACUAGAAACUGCAGGAGGGGAGAGGACUGUUGUGCUCAUGUCCUGCUUAUGGGCUUCCCAUAGGCAAAUCAUUGACUAGAUGCUGGACCAGAUGGGCCACUGGCCCUGAUACAGCUGGGCUCUUCCUACAUGAUGUGGCCGGUGGCCGUGUAAUUGUCAGGAGUUCAGCCUGCACUCGAGUGGGACCCUGGCAGAGACAUAUGCCCGACUGGCAUGUUCUCUUCCUCCUGGUCGAUUGUUCGGGAGCUUCAUAAGAUUUCUUCAGCCCGAACAUCACAGCGACCGAUGCCAACCGACACCCGCACACUUAGGGAUCCACAGAGUUUGCGCAUCAUGCGUAUGACAGACCUCCGCAACUCAGCAUUUUGGCUAAUCUACUUUAUUUACAUAUAAACACACACGGAGCACUGCAACAUGGCUCUCUCUCUCUAGCAUCAGGCAGCAAAGAGAAAAAAGAACAAAGGACAAUAGUCCCACUUCACGGAACACAGUAACACAAACAUCCUGUCUCCGUCACUUUCCACUCUGUAGAGUCAAAACAUACACCGUCAUGUGAUAGACAAAAACCCCAUGACUGCAAUUAUAGAUCAGGAAAUCUAACAGUAAUAGGCUGCUGCUUGGAGGGCUCUUUUAAUUGAUCAUUUCUUCAGAAUGUAAUACCAGUAUGCUUUCUCAUGUUUUCUCAAAACAAACACUGUGCAGUACACCACGAUUGAUACCAUAAGAAGAGGCCUAGGGAUGUAUCCAGGCAGAGAAGCUGAAUUUCCUACUUUGCUCCCCAACACUAGCCAUUGCACCACAGUACAAAGCAAUAGCCUAAAAUGAUUUGUAAGAACGAAAUGGGCAAAAUGACUGGCAGUAGACAAUAAUUGUCUUCUUGAUGUCAGAUUAUAAGCGUGCAAAUAACAUAAUGUAUCUCUUACCGCUGCUCCUCCUACUAUUAUAAAAUUUGUAUACUGUGGAUCUCAGGGUGGUUCACAAGAUAAAAACACAAAAUACAUAAUAAAAACAAGGACAAAACCAAUCGAUUAACCUUACUUUCCCCCCAACCCCAAGCAGUGUUGGCCUUAUCUACCAACCAGUGUUGUACUUAUCAAAGGUCCGGCUGUGCUGACUUAAUAUUUCUUCAUGUAACUUGGAAGGGAGGGUUGUGUUUAAGAGGACCAGCCUUUUUGUGGCUCAUUUUUAUUGCAAAUGGUUGCCUGCUUUCUUACCGACUGCCAUUUGUGUUUGACAGGUGAGUUGGUGGCUUUGAAGAAAGUGCGGCUGGACAAUGAAAAGGAGGGCUUCCCCAUCACGGCCAUCCGUGAAAUCAAAAUUCUCCGGCAGUUGAUUCACCGCAGUGUUGUCAACAUGAAGGAAAUCGUCACAGACAAACAAGAUGCACUGGAUUUCAAGAAGGACAAAGGUAUUGAAGGACAUUGUGCUGAGAAGUAAGAUGUGAGACUGAUGCAGGUUGUGGGGCCCCCUUAGUAGCAGUGAACAUACUUAGCGUAUAAAAAUGCUCCAUGCAGGUAAAGGAUUCUGCGUAGCUUUGCUUCAGUUUUCCCCAGGAGUGAUAGCAUGGCAAAGGCUUGUCUUGUCACAAACAUUCACGUCUGAAGUUUGCUCUCCCAUUUUGAGGGUCUUUCGUGAGAUAUGUAGAAGAGUUUCAGGCUUUCCCAGUCCAUCUCUUUUACUUGGGUGUCAUAACCAUGGUGAGCAGGGAAGGAAAUGUUUCUCUCCUUAGAGAUCAGUUCAGUACAGUGACCUAUAUGAUUCCAAGGUGAGUGAUGGGCUGGCUCAUGCCAAUUUUAUUCCCCCCACCCACCCACCCAAAGAAAUCAUGACAAUCUUCAUAAAUAUUAAGGAAGGCAGAAAAACGAGGUUUUUAGCUGUAAAUACAGAGUCAGAGCAAAAGCUGCUCUUGCCUUUUCCUGCUCACACCAUAAUCCAUAUUGGAAAUUUCACAGACAAGUGUUUGGGCUAAAGUGCCAAAUUGUGUACUUUGACACUUUCAGUAUUAACAGGCAUUUUCUCCUCCUCCUCACCUUCUCCAGGUGCCUUUUAUCUUGUAUUUGAAUAUAUGGACCACGACCUCAUGGGAUUGCUAGAAUCUGGACUGGUGCAUUUCUCAGAGGACCACAUCAAGUCUUUCAUGAAGCAGUUGAUGGAGGGGCUCGACUACUGUCACAAAAAAAACUUUCUACAUCGAGACAUAAAAUGCUCCAACAUCUUAUUAAACAACAGGUAACUGCCAGACCAAUUUGACAAAGGGGAAUGUGGCUCCCAAUUCCUGUGCUUUUUAAGGCCAGUGUGGAAAGGUUUUUGGAAGCUGCAGCUCGUAUAAAACGCAAUAGCCAGAUUGCUUUCUGGAAUAUACAGGGUGGAUGAUCCUACAACAGCCCUCCACCAAAUGCACUUUCAAAUAACAGUUGAAAGUGCUAGUUGUUACCUAUAAAGUCCUAAACAUUUUGCAGACAGGAUAUCUGAAAGACUCCUCUGAUGAUAAUAAUAAUAAUAAUAAUAAUAAUAAUAAUAAUAAUAAAUUUUAUUUAUAUCCCGCCCUCCCCAGCCGAAGCCGGGCUCAGGGCGGCUAACAACAAUAAAACAGUAUAAAAGUACAGCAUAAACAACACUCUAAAAUCAUUCAUUAUAAAAUUAAUUAAUUCAAGCCACUGGCAACCAUUGGGCCAGAGCUCCGUGAAGAUUGCCGAGGCGGGAGUCAGGCUGUGCCCUGGCCAAAGGCCUGGUGGAACAGCUCUGUCUUGCAGGCCCUGCGGAAAGAUGUCAAGUCCCGCAGGGCCCUGGUCUCUUGUGACAGAGUGUUCCACCAGAUCGGAGCCACAGCCGAAAAAGCCCUGGCUCUAGUUGAGGCCAGCCUAACUUCUCUGUGGCCUGGGACCUUCAAGAUGUUUUUAUUUGAAGACCGUAAGUUUCUCUGUGGGGCAUACCAGGAGAGGCGGUCCCGUAGGUACGAGGGUCCUAGGCCGUAUAGGGCUUUAAAGGUUAAAACCAGCACCUUAAAUCUGAUCCUGUACUCCACCGGGAUGUAGCACCGGGUGAAUGUGAUCUCGCAGCGAAUCUGCGAAUACGAAUCUGCUUCAGGGGAUUAAUCUCUACUUCAAAGAUAGGCUUCACUUAAAAUAAGCUUUGGAGGCCUUGUAUAUCCCACCACCAAGCGAAACAGAGCCUUUUCUGUGGUGGCACCCCAACUUUGAAAUGCCCUCCCUGAGGAGGCCUUUAAAACUUAUUUUAGUUCUAUGUAGCGUUUUGACUAAUUUAAAUUUGAUUAUUUCCACUCUGUUUAAUCCCCCCCAAAAAAUAAUUUGUUGUUAAAUUUUAUUUUUUUUGGUGCUGUUUUAAAUUGGGCGUUGCAUUUGUGGUGCCUCAUACAUUACUUUAUAAAAACAAAUAAAUAGAAUUAUAAGUCAUUAGGAACUGGGCUGUAGCAGAUGUCUCUCAAGGCUUGAACUGUUCCACAGAAAGAAGAAAUGGGAAUCUACCAGAUAGUUCAAAUUAGCCGUAUAAGUUCUUAAGUUCUGCCCUUUGUUAAACUUUUUUUUAAAAAAAGAGCAUUGCAGAUGUUUCUUGUAAAUGUGUGAGUGCGAAUGACUGAAGCUUCUGUUAAUUUUAGUAAUUCCUGUUCAUUUUCUGUUUCCUAUUCAUGCUUUUGUAUAAGCCAUUGUUAAUAAAAGUCUACUUCCGCCUUCUUGUUGCAGUGGGCAGAUCAAGCUGGCUGACUUUGGGCUUGCCCGGCUCUACAGUUCAGAAGAAAGGUAAGGUGUCUGCUGAGCAAAGGAUAGGUGUAGAUUUAGCUACACCAGGAUGGAAUCUACACACACAUAUAAAAAAACACACUGUGAAAAUGCUUUUUUAAAAAAUGUUUUGAAAAAUAUAUUGAAUUUGCCAUAGCUCACCACUGCCAUCUAGUGUCACAUUUGUACAUUUCACUUUACAACACACUUAAAAUGUUUCAGUUGUGGCUGUAUAGCUGAGUGCCAGGACAGUCUCCUGCAUAAAUGUUAAUCUUGCAUGUCUCCCAUCUGUCUCAGUGAGACUUAUUCAAGAGAUAGUCCUGCUUGGGUGAACAUCUGAGUAAUGUCUUGGGUUCAAAUCCCACCUCGGUCUUGAACUCAUUGGAAGCCCUCAAGCAAAUGAUUCUGAGCCUUCAGUCCCUGUUGAUGAAGUGAAGACUGGUGAUUUUAUUUUCAACCAAAGAGGUGGCUCAAACCUAUCUUUCUCUGACCUUGGAAGCUCUGCGUUGUGAUCAACUAACCUUUACUCAGAGUAGACCCAUUGAAAUUUGUGACUGGGAGUAGGUUAAAGGUAAAGGACCCCUGACAGUUAAGUCCAGUCGCAAACGACUCUGGGGUUUGCGGCGCUCAUCUCACUUUACUGGCCAAGGGAGACGACGUUUGUCUGCAGACAGUUUUUCCGGGUCAUGUGGCCAGCAUGACUAAGCCGCUUCUGGCGAAACCAGAGCAGCGCACGGAAACACCGUUUACCUUCCCACUGGAGCGGUACCUAUUUAUCUACUUGUACUUUGACGUGCUUUUGAACUGCUAGGUGGGCAGGAGCUGGGACCAAACAACGGGAGCUCACCCCGUUGUAGGGAUUCGAACCGCCGACCUUUCGAUUGGCAAGCCCAAGGGGCUCAGUGGUUUAGACCACAGCGCCACCCGCGUCCCAUUUCAGUGGGUUCGCUGAGCAAAAGCUAGUUGAACUCAACCCUUUCUUCCCCGAUCCCUCAAUGUGUGGAGGCUAGUGGUGGUGAAGGAAGAGUGUUUCCACAAGUGAUCAGAGGCACUUCUAUUUCUGCUUCACAUGCUCCUGAGCUCAGUCUCUGGCAGGGUAAAGAUGCCUUUGUGAGCCACACCCUAAUUCAUUUCGGUUCAAAUUCUGUGCUGCCAAAUGGCGCUUGAGGGUGAAUGAAGUAAGGAUCGCAAAUAGCUUGGCACAAUUGAAAGUGCCAUAUAAACAGUCAGCAAUAAAAACAAUAAUUUGAAUCCUUGAUAUAGGUCUUAUAUAAGCUUGACUUUCAGUAUAUUAAGCUCUCUCCAUACACCACAAGUAUUCUGGGGAUAAUUCAUCCUAUGAAUAGCUUGGGGAGGGUGGGUAGGUAGUUUGAUCCACAGGGUGAAUAUCUGUAUUAUUUCAAAAUAGCUUGAGGCAAAUUGUUUUUAGUUCUGGAUCAGGAGAUUGGGGGGGGGGGGGAUAAUUUGGAAGUGAUAACAGAUGAAAUGAAUAUGUUUCUAAUGCUGGUUGCUUUUACAGCAUUUUGAAAUUCUUCCUUUCACUGUCUGAGUAAUGUCGUUCCAGCAUUAUGCACAUUGAAAUGCUCCCUUUUAAAAUUGCCACAAUCAGAAUGUUUCUCCUAGAGGAGCCAAGUCUCCAGGCUGCCCGUUUGGGAAUAGUCAUUACCUGCCACCACCACAAGGAAGCAAAGCCUGGAAGCUGUCCUACUCUGGGACUAAAAAUAGUAUCCAAUAACAUGCACCUUUUUAAAGAUUGUGUAAGUCCGUUUCCAGUCCAACAAAUGGCCUAGAAUCAAACAGAUGGGCAUCUGAUUAACCCCUUAGAUGGGAGGCCACUGGCCUCCUGUUGCGGCGUUCUUUGUGUUGCAUAUUUCAUUGUGUAAACGUCACUCAAGCUUUUAUGCAUCAGGUUGCAUGCCCUAUUAACCUAUAAAGCAUUUUUUUCAAGUAGCAUUAGCGAUCUGAUGACAUUUUACAAGCAUGACUUGUAAAAGCACCUGCAACACACAUCUGGAUGAAACAUUAAAAGCCCCUUUUCCCGUUGUCUGGAUUGAGCAGGUGUGGCUGUGAGAGAAACCUUCCUUGACCUAUACAAAGCCCCUUAACACACACACACACACACACACACACACACAAAAUAUGGGUUGUGACUAUGGAAAAUGAUUCCUACACAGUUCAUUUUGUUUCAGCCAGCUGGGAUUGAAGCUUCAGCCUUGGUCCCAAACACAGUUUGGCUCCACCAUUCUUGCUUCUGUAUGUAUGUUCCGAUUCCUUACAGAAAUCUCUCAACCUGAAACAUCUCUUUUUCCCCCUCACUUAGCCGUCCAUACACCAAUAAAGUCAUUACAUUAUGGUAUCGACCACCUGAGUUGCUGCUAGGCGAGGAACGUUACACUCCAGCCAUUGAUGUCUGGAGCUGCGGGUAAGUCAUCUUUCUAAUUUCUGAUAUGAGUUUACAGUUCUUGCUGAAUGCUUCCCUGUGUUGUGCUUUUUCAGUGGCUUGUAUGAGUGUGUUUGUGUGUGAACUAAAAACACUUUCUAAACAUUUAGGCAUACUGUGAAAACUCUGGCAGUGCCCGCAUUUGAUGUAGUUUAGAAAAUCAAGCUAUAGGCCAGGUUCUGUCAUUUGCAUCCUAAUGGUACACCAUGACAGUGUGUGUGAGAGAGAGCCCAUGGACUGAUAUUUUUAUUGUGUGAUGCAUUCCAUUGUUUCUUUUUAAAAUUUGGUAGCCUGGCCCCUUUAUUGCAGAAAGAGUCUGCUCAGUGUUCCAUGAGCCUUGGAGCACUGAGGAAUAGAAGAUUCUGUGUUCCAUGAGUUCCAGCUUCCAUCCCGAUCCAAAGUUAAAAAUUUUGGACACCUAAUUGGCACAGAGGCUAUCACAACACUGAUCAGGCUUUCUGGAUUUGUUUUAUAGCAGUCUUUUUGCAUGGUAAAGGUGAAUGUGUCACACGUCUUCCCAAUGCAAGUGGGAAAUGUUGAUCAUAGAGGUUAAUGGAAUUAGCCUUUUUUUAACAUUCAAAUUUGACUGGGCACCUCCCUCUCUGUUCUGGGUUUCUACCAAACCUAAGCAACCAAGGAAGAGUCACCCAACUCCCCAUUCAAAUGCUUCCUUCAGUUUCUGCUGUUCAUUUCAACCUUUCUUUGUUCCUUUCCCCCUCCCAGCUGCAUCCUUGGGGAACUAUUUACAAAGAAGCCUAUUUUUCAAGCCAAUCUUGAGUUGUCCCAGCUUGAAUUAAUCAGGUAAGUCAUUCUGUGUGUCAUCAACAGGAGCGUGUGCAAAGAGAGCUGUGUGUGCUGUCUUGGCGAUGCCAGCAGUCAUUUUGUUCCGAAAUGCUAGCAGUCACCUUAUGUGCAGGUAACAGGGCCCCCCACAGGUAGUUUUUUUGUACAGACAGAAAGCGGUUGUUGGCAGCUAAGUGUCAGAACCAUGUAGACACAAACAGAAGCAAUCUUUGCAAUCAGGAUCUCAGUGAGAGAGAGAAAUUAUCCCUUGACUUCAUUUGAGUGCCUCACCUAAUUGGCACCAGAUUAAAGGGAGGCAAGAAUACCAGCGGCCUCCAUCAUAGAAAUUUAGGGCAGCUCAGAGCAUAUAAUGCCCUUAGCCUAAUGUUUCACCUUUUUAAAAAAACUCUGGUCUGUACCUAAACUUGCUUUUACCUUCCAAGUCUUAAGAUAGAAUUAUUUCUAAACUCUACCAUGAGGGACGUGGGUGGCGCUGUGGUCUAAACCACUAAGCCUAGGGCUUGCUGAUCAGAAGGUUCGAAUCCUCACGACGGGGUGAGCUCCCGUUGUUCGGUCCCUGCUCCUGCCAACCUAGCAGUUCAAAAGCACCUCAAAGUGCAGGUAGAUAAAUAGGUACUGCUCCGGCGGGAGGGUAAAUGGUGUUUCUGUGUGCUGCUCUGGUUCGCCAGAAGUGGCUUAGUCAUGCUGGCCACAUGACCCAGAAGCUGUACGCUGGCUCCCUCAGCCAGUAAAGCGAGAUGAGCGCCGCAACCCUAGAGUCGGUCACGACUGGACCUAAUGGUCAGGGGUCCUUUACCUUUUUACUAUGAGGAAGAGCCUUCCUAAAAGGACAGCAGUAUUCAUGGGGGUCCUUUAAAAGUUAGAAAAAUGGGCACUUCUGUGCAAUUAACCUGGCCUUGCAUGUAAACAAGCCCUGGGAAGCUUUAUAGAGAUCUGUUUCCUUUGGAUCUGCUGUGUGUUAUGUCUGUUUUGUGGCCUAUUCUCCUGAAGGGGGCAGGGGAUCCUCGGAUAGGAUCCUGUGCCGGCGGGGAACUGUCUGUUCGAGGAUCCCCUCCAUUCCCUGCAGAAAAUGGACCUUCACAGGAGGUCCGGUGUCACAUUUUUAUUCCUGUCCAUCCUUGACAGGAGGCCCUGUCUCAUCUACCUGCAGUGUAGGGUGAGGAGUAGCGAGGGGAGUGGGAGGCUGCAUGCAGGCAUGUGCAGAAAUAGCUUUGAAGCCAUUUGGCUUCACUAGAUGAGAGGGAAAAUCAGAAGAGGCUUCAACCAUCCACGUCUUCCAGGCCGGAGAACUAAAUGGCCUCUGUUUGAGCGGUUUCAUUUUGACAGCUGUUUCACUUCUCAUUUUAUGGUCCUUUUAACUUGUGUAAACCACGAAGAAAUCCUGGGCAACGUGGCAAUGUAGAAAGGCAAUGCAUAGUUGUGUUCACGCUCUCCCUUUUCCAAAUCUCCUGCAGCCGCCUUUGCGGGAGCCCCUGUCCGGCUGUGUGGCCAGACGUCAUCAAGCUACCUUAUUUCAACACCAUGAAACCUAAGAAGCAAUACCGAAGGAGACUACGGGAGGAGUUUUCCUUGUACGUCCUGGGUAACGGUGUUGUGUGCCUGCGAAUCCUUAUGUCUGUGAUAUCUCCAGAAAGCACGGAAUUUGUGUAUAACUCCCCCCCCCCCACAAGACCCAGACCCCAACAUUUUGGGUGGGUGUGUGUGCUAGCAAUAAGGGUGGGGAUUGAGAGGCAUGGAGAGGCACCAGAAAAAUGAUUUGCUGCUGGAGAACAAUCCACGAUAGAAAUGGAACGAGAUGCUUGUGAUAUUUGCUGCAAGAGAUCAGCCCAAAAUGAGCUGGUGCUGAAAUAUAGAGUAUAGCCAGUGCGGUACCCCAAUGAGAGAGUCCGUUCUGAACGUGAGACAUCCAUGUUCAUGCUGAGCCGUGAAGCUCGCUGUAGUAACCUUGGCCAAAACAGAGUUUCUCACCCUAAGCUACAUUGCAGGAAGCUGCCAGGCUAGUGCUCCCCUCUAAGCUUUGGGAAGUGUAAGUGAGGAGCAAAUAUCCUAAUCAGUACAGUGGUACCUUGGGUUAUGAACUUAAUUCGUUCCAGAGGUCCGUUCUUAACCCAAAACCGUUCUUAACCCAAAACCGUUCUUAACCUGAGGCGCGCUUUCACUAAUGGAACCUCCUGCUGCUGCUGUGCCGCCGCCAUGAGAUUUCUGUUCUCAUCCUGGGGCAAAGUUCUCAACCCGAGGUACUACUACCGGGUUAGCGGAGUUUGUAACCCAAAGUGUUUGUAACCCGAAGCAUUUGUAACCCAAGGUACCACUGUAGUUUCAAAGUGACUUUCUAUCUAGAAACUGUGUGCAGGUCGUUGUCUCCCAGCUCAGAAUGGAUUCAUCAUCAGAUUUCAGUUUAGCUAGAAGAAUACAGUGGUACAUCUGUUCUGGGAGUCCAUUCGACUCCUGAAACUGUUUGAAAACCAAGGCGCGGCUUCCGAUUGGCUGCAGAAGGUUCUUGCACUCAAGCAGAAACCGCGUUGGAUGUUUGGCUCCCAAAAAGGUUCGCAAACCAGAACACUUAUUUCUGGGUUUGUGGCGUUCAGGAGCCAAUUUGUUUGGGAGCCAAUCCAUUUGAGUACCCUGAUACCACUGUAAUGCACUUGGGUUGUGUUGCGCAAGCCACUAGCUCAGUCCUAGGAGUAAUAAUAUUGGCCUGCUUUUAAAGGGCAGGGGUAUGGAUUCAACUAAGUCCUACUCCGAGGAAACUGGUUGAAAUGAAUGAACCUAAAUUAAUCAUGUCUCCUAACGCCAGUGGAUUUAUUCUGAGUAGGACCAGUGAUGAAUAUCACCCAGGGCAUUGGGGACAGGGAAUUAAGAGAUAAUAUGUGUGCAGAAGAGCAACGCUUGUUAUUGUCAUAAUGGGGACUGUUUGUGGGUUGUUGUUGUUUUCUUCAUUUUCUCUCUCUUCUCCCAGCAUCCCUUCUGCUGCUCUUGACCUAUUGGACCAUAUGCUCACGCUGGACCCCAGUAAACGAUGCACAGCAGAGCAAGCCUUGCAAAGUGACUUCCUGAAGGACGUUGAUGUCAGCAAGAUGGACCCUCCAGAGUAAGCACCUCACUGUUCCUUGGGAAAGUGAGCCUGCAGGGUGGGGACUGAAAUCUGUCCUAGCCUUUUAAAGGUGCAUUGAGAGUGGAGUGCUUGGAUUCGUAGCAAGGCGGGGCUAGCCAACCCACAGAUCCACACAGAGCGAUCUGCACAGUUCAGACCACAGAACGCCACUGGCAGGGAGGGAGCGUUCACCAACAGAUGCCCACUUAACCAUCGCAGCAGAAGCUGCAUAUUGUGGUGACACGUUGCAGUGGAAAGGUAACCUCCGCCCUGGUUUGUGAGCCCUUUUAACCUCGGGGGAAUUAAAUGGCUUCUGUUACGUGUUUCAGCCUCAGUGUAUGCUCCUUCUGUGUGCAAUGAGAAAGGAAAUCAUCUGAUUAACCUGACACCCCAACCCCACCUUGUAAGGCAAGAGGAUCUAGGAAAGGAUUUUUUUGCUCCCUGUCUUUGCCUGCCUCAUUCAUAUUCAGAGGCAACAGGAAGACUUCAGCCUCCACACACCCAAGCAUAUCUGCAGCCCCAAAAUUGACUCUGCAGCACAGCUCAAAAUACAUCUCUAAGUCUUCAUGAAAAAGUUAUCUGUAAGAGUUCCCUAAAUUUGGCUUAGCUUACCUGUGUUACUGACCUGACCCAAUCCAUUGCGUCCCCUGAGGCCUUUGCCACACACAGAGGACUCCUGGAAGGGUUGUGUCAUACUGAGAUUUUGAGCAAAAGUUGUGCAAAUCUAGCUGCUUUUGUAAGGCCUGUCGGGUAGUAGGAGACUGACCUGCCCUUUCUCUUAAGUUCUCCAUUCAGGCCAAAUAACUCAGGAUGGGCAGGGUUGGUCUAAUACCUGAGAUAGUAAAAGCACACCCACCCACACCCAGUUCUCCAUAAUGUGCUAAAAGCUUGGGAAAGAAGAGGGAAUCUUUGUGCUGAGCAUUUGGAACCGGUGUGGCAUCAGACAGGCAGGGGCGGUCACCCAGUGUCAGAAUUUGUCUUCCAGGCUUCUGCCACAACUUCAUUGCUCCCUUCUCAACAAAGGUCCAUUUGCUGUCUUUCUGCAGCCUUCCUCACUGGCAAGACUGCCACGAAUUGUGGAGCAAGAAGCGGCGGCGGCAACGGCAGAGUGGGAUCGUGGUAGAGGAACCCCCCUCGGCCAAGGUUUCCCGAAAGGAGACAGCCUCCGUAAUAAGCACAGAUGCUAUCAAGAAUCACAGCAGUCCUGUACAACCACAGCCUGCUCCGAUCAAAACACAACCUUGCGCUGUAGACUCAUUCGGUCAGUGUAUAGCCUUGGGUAACAGCUAUAGCUUUAGUUAGCUAGACUGGGCUGUCUUCUUACUACCCUUGGUUCCUUUUUGCCAUCCAGCUGGCCGCUGGUUGCUUUUGCUCCUUUAGACAGAGGCAACUGGGUUGAGCUCUAAUGUAAAAGGUAUAUUCUGAAGCCAGAUUUCCAGCCCCUUCCCCCGCCCCCCAAAAAAGUGACAAGGGGGAUACAGCUGUUAUGUCUUGCACCUGGGAAAACCAUAAGUUUGGUGCAGGACCCAUGUAGCAGGAAGCUGGGGCAGCAAGCAAAGAUGCAGACAGAUGCAUUGGCAGAAGGACUGUCAACUAAUUAAUCAGGACUUCCAACUUGGAGAGUGUUUCCAGAAGGCUAUCCAGGUUGAUGAUAUUGAAGUGUCCGAGAGGUCCAGGGGAAUCAGUAGGAUCACUCUCCACGUGUCUCUCUCCUGACUUAAGCCAUUCACCAGAGUGACCCUAUCAGAUUCUCGAACAGAAUGAGUCAGUUGGUCUGAGAGAUCUGAGAUGACAAAUCCAACAGGUGAUAGCUGAAGAUAGCAUGGACUAGUAGGAAAGUGAAACUGGGGCAACUCAGUCAGGUGGCAGGGUAUUAUUAUUAUUAUUAUUAUUAUUUAUUUUUAUUAUUAGCUGGGUUGAAUAGAAAAGAUUCCAGAGUAGCACUAGGUCUGUGUCUAUACAGGAGCAAGACUGAAACCUCCUGUGGCUUCCUGUCCACACCCGCUAACCCACCCUGCAUAGUCAAACCCAUCAGUAGGGCACAGAGCACUUCCUGCUCUGUCAGAUAAGGGGGUGCUCAUCCUGAGAAUGGCUCCCCACCCUGUCUCCAUCCUUGGACUCUCCAUGCCCUUAAUAGCUCUGAUUUUGGUUGUUGUUGUCAGUCUCUUGUAGAAGGCAGAGGGAGGCAGGUGUCUGAUUGUGCAUGUGGAUGGGUGGUUGCUUAUGGACUGCCUUCUGCUAGUCCAUUCCUAACACUCUGUUUUGUGUUUUCUUUUGUUUUUGUCCUCUGGCGGCUUUCCUUGGCGUUUGCAGCAGGCCUCGGUGACAUCACGCAGCAGCUGAAUCAGAGCGAGCUGGCUGUCUUGCUGAACUUGUUGCAGAGCCAGACGGACCUUAGCGUCCCGCAGAUGGCUCAGCUGCUCAACAUCCACUCAAACCCGGAGAUGCAGCAACAGCUGGAAGCCCUCAACCAGUCCAUCAAUGCACUCAAUGAAGCCACCACACAGCCGCAGGACUCUCAGAAAGCAUCCGAAGAGGAAGCAGCAGUUGAGGAGCCGCUCCCGCCAGCCCAGCCGUCAGAAGAGCAAGCCACCCCGGAAGUGGCGAACACUCAGGGAGACAUGCAGAGCAUGCUGGCGGUUUUGCUGAGCCAGCUCAUCAAGACCCAGGAGCCAGCAGGAAACGCGGAGGAGAACAAUGGGGAGAAGAGCAGUGAGCUGCAGGGGCCGCGGAAGACCCCCACUUUGCCUCAGGAGGAAACUACAGGUAAAUAAUCGCAGCAUCCCCCCUCUUGCUACUGGGACAUAAGGAGGGAAAGGAUGUGGGGGCUUUCCAAGCGGUAAAUAAAAAGCACUUUGAAUAUUCUUUAACCAAGCCUGGUAGUCUUCUCUUGAGUGUGUGUGGAAUCUGGCAGCAAAAUCCCCCUCAGAAGUUCUUGGUCAGGCUGCUCCCUCCUGCGUUAAGGCCAAACAAUAAUACAAUCUCCUUUAAGAGUAGGAAACCACUUGCACAUCAGAAUUGCCACCUGAAUUUAAGUAGUGGCAGCCACUGUAAGACCUGUUACACAGGGCUGGUUCCGACAUUCAGACAGACAAUCUCAUGUGGAUUCUACCACAUUAGAAAGCAAUUUGGGGGCUGACUUCGUAAAUAUUCUCCAGGCCUAAACUUCCAUACACGUAAGAAGCUGACAUGGCAAUGAGAAGGCAGGGCUAGAGCACUUGUUCUGCCUGUGCUGUCUUUCCAUGUGUAAAGAAAGCAUUUUAAAUAAGCAGUUCUUCCCCGCACCCCCCCCCCGCCCCGCAUUCUGAAAUGGUAGUCAUGGGAGGCUUUCUGCCAUGUGGGUUUCCCCCAACCCUGAAUGUUUUGAUCAAGUGUUUCUCAUACUUCUUUGCUUGCUACACUGCGUGCAUGUUUAACGUACCAUAACUUUCAUUUUUAAAUGUCAUAAUGCACCCUGAGAAUAGGAUGGAAACUCCUAAAAAUUCUUUUUGAGUCUGUGGCUAAGCUAGAAGGAAAACAGGAGCUGAAUUUCUUUGUUGGGGAAAUGGGUUAAGAGGAAAUCUUACCCCACCUGGGUGAAGGCACAAGUUUUCUUCCUUUCGUUUGCUUUUUUAAAGGAGCACGUUUCUACUCCUUUUGUUUGCAGAGAUACUCUCAAAAGCAUGUUGGCAAUAUUUGCUAAAUUCUCAGAUGCUAAAGGAGGGGCUCAGCCCUAUUUCCUGUGGGUGGGACUUUGGGGCUCCGCCCUAGGACUUUGCAACUCCCCAUGACUAGCCAUAGUAAAAUGAACAUAGUACAGUGGACGCUCUGGUUGUGAGCGUGAUCUGUGCGGGAUACACGUUUGCAACCCGCAGCAUUCGCAACCUGCAGUGCCGCGUCAGCACACGCGCGGGUUGCAAUUCAGCGCUUCUGCGCAUGCGCGAUCCCCGAAACCCAGAAGUAACCCGUUCCGGUACUUCCGGGUUUCAGCGGGUCCAUAACCCAAAAUAACGCAACCUGAACCGUCUGUAACCCGAGGUAUGACUGUAAUAUGAAGCAAAUAGAAUAACCUUUUCUUCGUUUUUCCAUUUUCUAUUCAUGUCACACAAUGUGGGUUUCCUUGGUUAAUUAAGUUUUGUUUUUGUUUCUCUUCCUUUAAAAACAUCAUGAGUACGCACACCUAGCCCUACUUAGAAUUCUGUACCUCCUACCAUUUCCCCGACUUAGUUGCAGCUCUCAAAGAUCUCGGGAAGAGGCCUGUCAAGCCUUGCUAUCUCAGAGCCUUCUGGUGGGCGGUCACCUGGGGUCUUUUGUACGCAGAGCAUGUGCUAUGGCCCCCUCCCCAUGAGUCCGUGUCUGAAAUGUUUUGAUGUUUGUUCACGUGUGACUUUUAAGACGGUGUUUAAAAGAAGUAACCAUUCCACAGCCUGUCCUCACAUUCUCCCACCAGAGAAGAGACCCCCGGAGCCUCCAGGACCUCCGCCGCUGCCGCCGCCGCCGCCCAGCCUGGCUGAGGAGAGCAUCUCCAACGCAGCUCAGGACUUUAACCCGGCCGUGACGGCUGCCCUCCUCCACCUUUUAUCCCAGCAAGAGGCAGGGCUGCCGAGCCACCCAGAGCACGAACCCCAAGCUGUGAGGCCUUCCUCGGAUUAUACCCGGUCGCAAAGCUCAUCCAGGACUUACAGCACCGACGGGACCGAGGGAAGCAGCUUCGACGUCGACGAGCGGAACUCCAGCCAGACUUUAACAGCGGAGACGUCGCCUCAGACCUUGGGGAAAAGUAGGACAUUUCUGGGCUCCGCAAGUCACCUCGGGGAGUCAAGCAGCUACCAGGGCGCAGGAUCGGUUCAGUUCCCGGGGGACCAGGAUCUCCGUUUCGCCCGGGUCCCCUUAGGGAUGCAUUCUGCCGUUGGCCAGUCCUUCAUCAAAGCCACCGAGGGGAGCAACAACACACUGGUGCACCCAGAGGCCAAAAUUCACAACUACAGUGAGGUGGGAGUGGCAAACGCUAGUUCUGGUGACACAGGAACAAGUCACACGUGGGGGAACCCGGUCCAAUCCGCUGCUUACGGAAAAGCCUUUCGCGGGCAGAGUAGAUUGCCUCCAAGAGGAGGUCGAGGAAGAGGGUUACCUUACUAAAAAUGACUGGAGAGGAGGGAAUUGGUACCUUUUUUUUUCCAGUGGUGUUUUACCGUCCUUUUCCCCCUUGACCUUUCCAGCAGCCGGUUUGUCAGGGCAAACCAUUGCCCACCUCCAGCCCACCACAGAAAUGGUUUAUUGUUGAUACUUUCCCCUCCUGCUCCCUUUCUGCUCACCAGACUGCUGCUGCUGUUCUCUCCCCCACUCCACCAUGGGGCUUUAGAAUGAAGACCUUGGCCUUUCCCCCCCCUUCCUUUUUUUUUUACAUCUUCCCAUACCCAAAGACCUACUGAUUUGGGUUUCCCCACUCAAAGAUGGCAGGAGAAGGAAAGAAUCCUUAAAGAAGUCAUAAUAAUAAAUUGGAAACAUGAACCGAAUGUGUUUGCUAGCCUUGAGCCAUUUAUUUGUGAGAGUGAGCCCUGCUGAGAGUCUGGAAAAAACUGAAUCGUUUCCUCUGCAGCAGAAUGAGGUGGCAGAAAGAGCCGUACUGCUCCAGACUGCAGGCCGGAGAACCUACCUUUUUUGAAUCCAUGCACACGAACACACACUACAACUUGCCUCCCUGCACACAGAAAGCCUAGCACACCUGGGAGUGAGAUUGUAGCCCAGUCCCUCUCUCCAUUGUGCUAGCCUUGUUGUUUUCCAGGAGGCAAAAUGAUGGGUUUAAUAUAUAUAUAUAUAUUAUAUUAAAAGGGGGGGAAGAGGAGCAUUCAGAAAAGGACAGUUCUCCCACCCUCCCCCCAGUGGUAAAACUCAUUCUGCCGCAUCGUUCCACUGUAUGUGUAAGAUCCAGCCUCAGUAUUGCAAAGGCAAUGCGUUGUUUUGUUUUCCUUUGCCUCCUUGCAUUUCAAGAUUUGUCAGAUGGUGCCUACAUGCCUUUUAUACUGAAUUGGGAGGAUUCGGUUUAUGUUCUGUAAGAUCUGGGAUAUUUCUCUCCCCACCCCCUUCUUAGCCACAUCUUCUUCCCAUGAUGAAAAGACAGGAUGCUACCAUUCUUCUCCUGGCUAGCUGUCCCUUGUUUUACUGUGAAAGGCCUCAUGCUGUCUCAUACUCACCUCCCAGACCUUUAGCUGAACUGAAUUUCUGUAGUGUCCACGAGUCCGUUGACUUUUGGAUGUUUUCUUCUUCCUUUUUUUAAAUUUUCUCUCUUAAGAAUGGUGAGUGUCUUUUUGUUGAAGUUCUUAAGGCCAAAGUAAAUGGCCGAAAAUAAAAUAAAAACCAAAAGCUUUGUAAUCCUUAAGUUCUUCGGGGUGGAGUGAGCUUAAGAUUGAAGCCGAGAGCGGUCGGGGCAGACGGGAGCCGAACAAGCAAGAUCGGCGUUUUCAAUCUUCCGAAUGGUUAACAAGUGUUUACUGUCUCUUGUGCAAUUUCAUUGUUGUCAAUGUUAAAAAGCAGCCUAUCCGCAGCUUUCCUCACUGAUACUGCAGUGAGGAUCAGUUUAUAUUUAUAUACUUUUAACAGCUUUAGCAGUUCCACCUGCUCUGGUUAAUUUGUUUCCCCCAAAAUAUUUUCUAAGACGUAGAUUUUUACUGUGAAGGACAGCAAGCCUGUUUUUGUUUUUUUGCGGGGGUUUUUUUUUCUUCCAAAAAAGUGGAAACUUGGAAGGGUGACUAAUUUCUCGGGGGGGGGGAAAUCAUUCUCCUUUUAAACUUGACAGUGUUCAAAGGGGAGAAGCAUGUCAGAAAUUGCAGGGGGCAGAGGGAGUUUUAGCUCCAGCUUCUGGCCUUUACAAAAGAAGAACGGAAUCUUCUUGCUUUCGUAUAAUACAAAAGAAAAGCUGCCUCUGUGUAGCACACUGCUGCUGAGGGCAGGGAAAAAUGCCUUAAAACACAUGGAUAGGAGAGCCUGAUGUGGUACAAGGGAAUUGAAACGGCCUUUAGAAAGAGUUCUGUGGAGGUUGGGGUAGGCACUGUUCAGUAUAAUAUGUGCCACCUUGUAUUGACAAACAUACAAAAAACCCACAACCUGCUUCUUUCAAUUCUGCAAAGUGUAGUAAGUUUGCAAAAUUCCAAGUGUAAAUUUUGUAUGUGUGUGUUUUUUUAAUUCAGUUAUGAGUUCAUGCCUAACAUGCAAAGAAAAAAGAGAGAGAGAGUACUGUACAUGCAGAAUAUGGUAAAUAAAAAGGAGAGACUUCUCCCAGGCAUUUAUUUAAA